UUGGCGUCUGCAUGGUGGCGGCCAUUUUGGCUUCUCUGGGGUGUGCUGGCCGAUCGCAGGGCGCCUGGCUGGGGCCGCGGAGGCGUGCGGGGAGCCGUCGUCCCUCCUGCCCUGAAGCAUCUGAGCCUUGGUGACGCCGCCCUGGGCGACCCGCGCCGCGCUCGGCCCCUCCCCAGGUCGCCGCCGCCCCGGCCCGGCGCCACCCACGGUCUGAUGGCGGCGGCUCGGGGCACUGUGACCUUUGAAGAUGUGGCUGUUCACUUCUCCUGGGAGGAAUGGGGUCUCCUUGAUGAGGCUCAGAGAUGCCUGUACCGUGAUGUGAUGCUGGAGAACUUGGCCCUUUUAACCUCCCUGGAUGUUCAUUACCAGAAACAGCACCCUGGAGAAAAACAUUUCGGAAGCAACGUGGACAGAGCCUUGUUUGUGAAGACCUGCAUAUUCCACGUGUUAGGGGAGACUUCCACAUGCAUAGAAGUUGGGAAGGACGUCCUGGCCAAGUUGGGAUUUCUCCAUCAACAGGACACUCACACUGGGGAGCAACCAAACAGCAGAAGCGGUGGUGGGGCUGUCAGUCACAAAGGAAAAACUCAUGACAAUUGUGGAGAAUACAUAAAAGCAUUCAGCCGUAAACACUCACUUGUUCAGCAGCAGAGAACCCUCACUACAGAAAAGUGUUACGUGUGCAGUGAAUGUGGGAAAUCUUUUAGCAAAAGCUACAGCCUCAAUGACCACUGGAGAGUUCACACUGGAGAAAAGCCUUAUGAAUGUCAAGAGUGUGGAAAGUCCUUUAGGCAAAGCUCUAGUCUCAUUCAGCACCGGAGAGUUCACACCGCAGUACGGCCUCACGAAUGUGGUGAAUGUGGAAAAUUAUUUAGUAACAAGUCCAACCUCAUUAAACAUCGGAGAGUUCACACCGGGGAAAGGCCAUAUGAGUGCAGUGAAUGUGGGAAAUCCUUUAGCCAAAGGUCUGCACUCCUUCAGCAUCGAGGAGUUCACACUGGGGAGAGGCCUUAUGAGUGCAGUGAAUGUGGGAAGUUCUUUACAUAUCAUUCCAGUCUCAUAAAGCACCAGAAAGUUCAUAGUGGAUCAAGACCUUAUGAGUGCAGCAAAUGUGGGAAGUCAUUUAGCCAAAACUCUAGCCUCAUUGAACACCAUAGAGUUCACACUGGAGAAAGGCCUUAUAAGUGCAGUGAAUGUGGGAAAUCCUUUAGCCAAAGGUCUGCACUCCUUCAGCAUCGGGGAGUUCACACUGGGGAGAGGCCUUAUGAGUGCAGUGAAUGUGGGAAGUUCUUUCCCUACAGCUCCAGUCUCCGAAAACACCAGAGAGUUCACACUGGAUCAAGGCCCUAUGAGUGCAGUGAAUGUGGGAAAUCCUUUACUCAAAAUUCUGGCCUCAUUAAGCACAGGAGGGUUCACACUGGGGAGAAGCCUUAUGAGUGCACUGAAUGUGGGAAAUCCUUUAGCCAUAACUCCAGCCUUAUUAAACACCGGAGAAUUCAUAGUCGAUAAAAGCCUUAUGAGUGGCAAAUAUGGAAAAUCUGUUAGCACGCUGGAGAAAGUCCUUGAGUACAGUUAAUGUUAGAAAGCUUCAGCUGAAGGCUGCAUCUCACUGAGUACCACAGAGUUCACAUGGGAAAGACACUUUUGAUAUGUGGAGAUGUCCAGAUGCUAUAACAGCUCUGAGGGAGAUCCCUUAUGAGGGUGGCAUCAACCUGAAUUGAAUCUCCUGAAUCUGAACAUCUGCAUAAAUUCCAGAUAUGUGGGAGCUGCAUUGUACCUUUUGCCCUGCCCAGGGCCCAUGCCAGAUUUAUGUCUGCUGAUUCUGUAGUGAGAGCCAUUUUACCUCUACUGCCUGGCAGGUGGUCACAGUGUACAACAUUCCACAGUGUAUUCAGGCAAUGGACCUGAUCCAGUUUGGCCCAGAGAACUCUGCAGCUGCCCUGAAAAGAGGGACUACCUAUUUCAGGAUAUUGUUGGCCUCACAUGACUCUUGAUAUAGUUUGCCAGCCUCCAAAUCACCAACUGUGGGAGCCACCUGCCUCUUACUGCCCUGGUUUGUACAGUUAUAAAGGCCUUACUAAUCUUGGGGGUUCUAGUCAGUGUAUUGGUUGGUUUGAAAACAGCUGGGUUCUGCUAACAUGAAGGGGUAACUUUUUGGGAUCUCCAACUCUAUGGCUCAACAGGGACAGGGACAGUGGGAUGGCAGAAUAGAGUUCUCUUUCUAGUUUGAGCCUAGUUUUCAUUGCUAUUCAAGGCCUCUGAGAAAAAACUGCAGGGUAUUGUCCUAAUUUAUAUCCUGGAUGCCAUAAUAUGCUGUGGUUUCAGAGGUUAAUCUAAGUAGGCAGCAAUUACUGUGACAUCCUUUGGUGCUUCUGAAAGCAACAGGAAAGUGUUCUCAUGUUUGUAAGGAAUACUGCAUUGUGUUCAGUGCUAUUGGGGGUAUCUGUUCCCCACGUUCUAUAUGCCUUGAUAUCCUGAAUUCCAUAGGGUAGCACCACAGGUGGUAAGAUUAUAGCAGGAAUUGUAAUUGUUAUAGAAGUUCUGGAUUGAUAUGGAGUGGAAAACUGCAAUAAAAAGAAUGUGCCCCUUU